AUGAACCGCCCCAGCCUGCAACCGUUAAUCACGACGGGUUGGCGGCACGACACCAAGUCACCUACCUCCGGGCAUGCACAAGCCAAACCGCAUCUACAUUCUCCAGGUCAUGAAGGACACAGUCCAGUUUACCCGCCCUACCGGGAGCGCGAAAAUCGACCCCCUCGCCUCCAACUCAAUAUCGCCAGCCACUGCAAUUCAAGUCAUGGCUUCAAGCGGUCCCCUGGUAACACAAGGUCGCCAUCACCUUCCCUGAAACCACGACUGGAUCCACAAGUUCACCAUCGAAGCAGUCCUCUGCCCUUUGAUACCCAUGUCCAAGUUCACCCAGGCCACCCUUCACCUGUGCCCUCACCUGUACUGGUGGCUUAUCCUCAGUACGCUCACCAUGGACCUAAUCUUUAUCCACCAUUUGAACAAUACUGGGUUGACCCUGGUCAUCACCAGCGCUUUAACGACAUCGUCGGAUUCCCGCCAGUGGCGAUUCCCCCGCAUUCGCCUUUGCCUUUCCAAUACCACAACGGCACUGGGGUGCCAUUGGUAGGAGCAACAUCUCCCGUUCCUUUUCCACAAGACUUCGGCCAAAGCCAUUUCCCCCCACCCCAGGAAUGGCAACAAGGGCACUGGACCCAAUUCAACCAGCACAAUGUGAUGCCCUCAAACCAUUUCAGUGGCCCACCUGUUCAAAUGCACAGUGGUUCUCCUUAUCAACCCCAACCUCAGAUGCACGCUCUACCGCGCUCUCGCAGCGCAGAAUACCUGGCGCCCCCUGGAAUGCAAGGUCAUCCUAUUCACCAGCGUCCUCAUUCUGCCCAACCGACUUCUGGACAAUUGCCACACGUCGCCGCUCCCGGCUGUGGUCCACCGGCGACAAGCAACACCCCGGGCACGCCGGUUCAAGGUCGAAAGACUAGUCCCGCCAGAGUCAGUCCACCGCGGAUAAGGGUACCAACAAAUCCCAACCUCCCCGCCAAGCUUCUCGACCCUGCUGAAGCCCCUCGUAUUUCGUGGAGUGUCCCUGCCUCGCCUAUGGACGAUGGCUGUAGUGAAUUCGAAAGAGACGUCAGGGGGUCUCCUGGGUCUCCAAUGUCACCGCCAAGCCUUUCAGAUCGUCCUCGAGCCCCUGCCUCUGCUUGUUCGCUAUUCUCUGCGAGCGACCCCGUGCACCCUACCACUCCUACUCGUAAGAGCUCGCCGCAAGGGACCAGUUCGCCUGGCCAUCGACCGGGCGUCAUAGCGAGACCCCCAGGGCUUGUCGUGGUCAGACCUCCGACGCCCACCAGCUCCCCGCCGCCACCUAUCAAUCACUCCUCUCCGACAAGGACCAGCGCACAAUCCCUUAGUGUCCCUAACGAGACAUCGUCCUCGCCAAUUUACCGCACCCCAACCGGGUCCAAGCGGUCGUAUUCACUGCAAAGCCCUUCCACAAGGAUACUGGACUCGGCGCCUGGCUCGCCCCAGUCGUUCACAAGUCCUAGUUCGGGCCGUCGACGAACGACCUAUCCGACAAUUGCAGGGCUUACGAUUGUCCUUGAUGAAGGCACGCCGAGGAAGCAGAAGACCUCGCCUCCUCGUAGGGUGGAUGAUACUCUCCUUCAUCCGUUCAAGUCGGCGAGACCGAAGAGUGUCAAGGUUGAGCCUAUUGCGUCUGAGUUGCGGCCUGCAGCUAAGCAAACCCGUGAGGAGAACUGGGCCAAAGACGACGAGAUCGCAGGGAAAGAUGGUGGGGUGCAAGGCGACCCUUCCCCUGUUCCCCCUGCUCCACCUAAACCGGCUCAUACAAACUUGAAGGGAUGGGGAAAGCUGCAAACCGUCACCUUCCCCUUGAACGAAGUAGCUACGCCAUUCAUCCCAUUCACUCUCCACCCUGCAGUCCACGGGCACAAGUCCAAUACUAGGGGCAUCCCACUUGCAGCGUUGGACGCUAGGCGGGCUGGUGAUCUCCGGAUUCUGGGCGCCAGAGCAAGGCCGUUGAAGCAUGUCCAAGAGAGGUUUAUUGAGCUGGAUCUCCGAUAUGGCGAUCUUCCGAGGAAGAAAGUGAUUGUUCCUACUCGGUUUUUGUAUGGCGAUAGUAUAAGCCAACAGGACCUCGCUAUGGCUGUUGGCAGGGUGUGUCGCAACUACCUUGAUGAACAUGUCGACGAGUGUGGUGUCCCAGUGAUGGAGUACACCUACCUGCAAGGAAUCGUCGAGACCAAGGACGGAAUUUGGAAACCCCUCAUCCUAGAUUACUUCCCCUUCUACUUUGGCAGGGAGAAGACGCCUGAAUCGGCCGGCUCGUCUGAGGAGUCUUGGUUCGGUGAUGAUGAAGACGACACUGACGAGUCGGAUGACACUGACUUUUCAUCGCCAGUUGGGUGCUAG